AAUUAUUCAACAAUCGGUGUUUUGAAGGAUUUUGCUUCUUGGGAAUAUAUUAUUUGUUAUUGUAUCAAAUCAAACGCACAUGUGAGGACUUGCAAAAUGUUAAGAAGUUUUCCAACAUUUGAUUUGCUCAAAUGGAAAAGUGUGGCAGGAUUAAGAUAUUGUCAAUUCAAUCUAAACCGUAGAUUAGUGAAUCAAUCGAAAACUCUUAUUUCGACUGAUGCAAAUAACACGGAUACACUCUAUAGCAAGUGGAAAGACAAACUGUUGUAUAGCUCUUUCGUAGAAAAACAUCAAUUAAAAUUGGGUUAUAAGCAAAACAAGAUACUAGAAUCUAAGUUAAAAAAGUACGAACAAAAUGAGUUUAAAAAAGCGUCUGCUGUCAAACCGUUUGCUUUAGUUUUAAAGCAAUUGCAAACUCCACCGCGUGAUGAACGAUCAGAUUGCUACGAAUCGUGUGUCGAAAUUGCAGACCGUCCAUCUACACAUCAAUUGCCUUACCAGCAUCUCACCUUACAAGUGAAAACACACCAAAACUCGAUACAAGAGCCUAAUGAAAAAUUAUCUACAGGAGAAUGGAUGUCAGAUUUUGAGUAUUACGACGAAACUGAAGAAAAUGUUACAUCAUUUUACGGUACACCUGAUCCAAAUGAACCUGCCUCUACAAUUCCUUGUGGUGGAUGCGGUGCUUUGCUACACUGCAUCGAACCAAGCAUUCCGGGCUAUUUACCUGGUCAAUUGUUCAAAGGAAAAUCGAAAGAACAGCUGUUGACAACUAAUUGCCAGCGGUGUCAUUUCCUGAAACACUACAAUGUUGCUGUAAAUGUGACAGUUUCGGCCAACGAUUAUAUAGGAAUUCUGUCUUCGAUAAAAACAAAGAAAGCUCUUGCCGUGCUGCUUGUCGAUGUUCUGGAUUUUCCAUGUUCCAUAUGGCCUGGGCUUUCUGAGAUUUUGGGAGUGCAACGACCCAUCAUCGUGGUAGGCAAUAAAGUCGAUCUUUUGCCACAGGACAGUGCUGGCUACCUGGAGAACGUACGACAAUGUUUAACGCGAAGCGUUAUUGAAUCCGGAUUUUCAAGGAAUAACAUUAAACAUGUUUCGCUCAUAUCAGCCAGCACAGGAUACGGAGUAGAGGAGUUAAUUACGAAAAUCCACAAUGUUUGGGGAACCCGAGGAGACGUAUAUUUGGUUGGUUGCACGAACGUUGGCAAGAGCACACUAUUUAAUGCGUUACUCCGUUCUGACCUAUGCAAGGUUCAAGCGACGGAUUUGAUUCAAAAGGCAACGGCAAGUCCUUGGCCUGGCACUACCAUAAGAAUGCUUAAGUUUCCAAUUUUGCGGCCGUCUGACCAUCGACUUUUCUUAAGAAUGAAACGGUUACAACAAGAGCGCUAUAUAAAACAGGCAAACGAAAAACUGCGACGUGAACAGAAAAAUGCUACAAAAGAUUCAAAGCAGGCUACACUUCUCGGUCACAUUGGUCUUACCUUUGAGAAGGAAAAGGGAGAAUUGUUUGAUCAUUUCUCAGUGACACAAAGAAGUGACGCACCCUUACCGAUAUUUACAUUGAACGAGAAGAAUGAAAAGUAUAUCAAUUCCAAAUGGUGCUACGAUACACCCGGUGUUGUUCAGCCCGAUCAAAUACUGGAUCUUCUUACCACGGAGGAGAUUGUUCUUACAGUUCCAAAACAGACUAUCCGACCUAGAAUCUAUCUGUUGAAAAGGGGUAUGACCUUACUUCUGGGUGGUUUAGGACGAUUAGAUUUUGUUGAUGGCCCAGAUUCGAUUCGCGUAAUUCUUUAUGCUUCUAACAUGCUUCCAACGAUCAUUUGCCAAACAUUGGACGCACCGGCGCUGUACGAGGCGCUCCUCGGCACGGAAUUUCUAGCUGUUCCUUUCGGAAGUCAGGAGCGGCUAGAAAAAUUUCCAGUAUUGGAAUGCGUUCCUAAUAUUCUCGUACAUGGUACACUAGAGAAGCAUCUUACUGUCUGUGACAUAUUGUUAUCAUCCGCAGGAUGGAUCGGGGUUAAUUUACCAAAGAACAGCGAAGCCAUUUUCCAUGCCUGGACGCCUAAGAAAAGGGGCGUAUAUAUCCGUCAACCUGCUCUGCUACCUAACGGACUAGCUUUGCGUGGCAAACGGAUACGUCGAUCACUGGCCUAUCGAACGGGUACCAUUUUCAAAUCUCGUUAGAUUUAUACGACCACGUAAUGCAGUCAUCAAGUCGUAUCCUAGUUGUAUGCACGUGAAGGAUUUACGGCUAGAGCUCCCCACACCGGGAAAGAAAGAAGAUCAAGAAGAAUACACAUAUAAAGUAAAAUAUGAAAAUAAAUAAUGUAAAUAAAGUAAACAUGAUGUACAAUA